UUCGUCGACAGGUUUUACUAGAUGUCUUACUCUCUGCCACUAUCGAUGGGAAACCACUAACCGACACAGAUAUACGAGAAGAAGUGGACACCUUCAUGUUUGAAGGUCAUGAUACAAUUAAAAGUUCGCUAUUAUUUACGCUCUAUUGUAUUUCCCGCAAUGCAGAUGUGCAAUCUAAACCCUAUGCUGAAAUUGUUGUGACGCUAGGCACAAAUAUGCAGCAGGCACUUCCUCAACGUCCACUAAUGCAAUUGAAAUAUACAGAGCAAGUGAUCAAGGAUACAUUGCGCGUGUAUCCUUCUGCGCCAUAUAUAGGACGAAUAUAUAAGAUUUUUAUAUUGAUGUCAAUUACAUACCUAAAGGCUCUAGCCUGGUAUUGGCAAUUUAUGAAAUGCAAAAUGAUGCCGAAUACUUUCCGCAGCCACACCGGUUUUUACCAGAACGUGAGAUUUUCACUUUGCUUUUGUGUCAUUUAGUGCAGGGUCGCGCAAUUGUGUUGGACAACGUUUUGCUAUGCUUGAAAGCGUUUUUUGUUCAUAUUAUACAAUUUUUUGAGCUGCUACCAUUA